AUGGCUUUUGUUCACUGCGGGUCUGAAGAGUGCACCAAAUCCGAACUAGACUUGUUUCAAAUAGCCCCUACGCAGACCAGCAUCGAGAAAAGCAUUUACAUCGAGGUGCCACCUCUAUCGGCCGUUACGGAGUCUGCCCCCAUUGACUUUUUUAUAGCAGGGAAUGGCAUAGAUUAUAUGGAUUUAAACAACACGCUGCUUUACCUGUGUUGCAAGAUUGUAAAAGGAGACGGAACUGAACUUGCUGCGGACGCUGAAGUGGGCCUGGUGAAUUACCCCGUGGCCUCUAUUUUCAGUCAGUUGGAUGUUACGCUGGGAGACCGCCUUGUAAGCCAAAGCAACAACUGUUACCCUUACAGGGCCUUUAUAGAAUCAGUGCUCAAUUACAGCGAUGACACCCUCGCCACGCAAUUUUCUGCCGGCCUGUUUUACAAAGACACUGCUGGACAACAUGAAAAAACAGUGUUGGAUGGAGAGAAUCUAGGGUUUGUGAAGCGUGCAAAGCUGACAGCCCAGAGCAGAACGGUAGAGCUGCUGGGCCAUCUACACAGUGACCUGUUUUUUCAAGAAAAACUUUUGUUAAACGGAGUGGAUGUGAAAAUUAAACUGACACGCAGUAAAGACGCCUUCUGUUUAAUGGGCAGUGCGGCUGAAGGCUUUAAACUGCGCAUUGUAUCAGCGUCCCUUUUUGUGAAGAAAGUACGGGUGGCCCCGGGUGUCCGUUUGGGGCAUGCAGAGGCCCUGCUUGCCGCUAAUGCUAAAUACCCCGUGGACCGUGUGGGAAUGAAAGUGUUUAGCAUCCCUGCAGGCAGCAGGGUACCGACCAAGCCUCUGCAACCGGACUUCGAGGCAGGACGCUGCGUGAGAGAAUACAUGAAUCUGGUACAGACAGCUGGUAAACACAUGAAAGAUCGUUCUCUGUUAAUCGACCGUGAGGAGUUUGCACAGGGUUACACCUUGUUUGCCUUUGACCUGUCUCCCGACCAGGAAUGCGCAGAUCACUAUUCCCUGAUUAAAACUGGGAACCUGAGAGCAGAAAUACGGUUUGGAAAGGCUUUAACGGUUACCGUCAAUAUGAUUGUGUAUGGAGUUUUUGACAAUGUCAUAGAAAUAAAUCAGAGAAGAAACGUUCUGUUUGACUACAUGUGA